UACAGUGUUCGGUAGCCGCGUUAUCUCCACAGGAAGAGCACCUGGGCACCCAGCCCGGACCGCACUCCUCCCUGCCCGGCUCUGACAGGUUAGCCGCCUCCCCAUAAGGGGCUGGUUAUGGCGGAGGAGGAAGUCAGGGCAGAAGCAGGAGGUGGAGUGCCCCAUGGACGAGUGCGCGGUCCCUGCUCAGACACUGCGGUUAUAAUAGACAACAGCCGGCCCCGGGAGAUGAGAAGCGGGCACCCGGACAGGUGAAGGCAAAUUGCAGGUGGAGUUGCGUUCCAUUGGAUUUGGCAGCAAUGGAAUUUGAUAAGACAUCCGUUUGGGACUCUUUGAAAGAGAAGACCCGACCUUUAUUUCACAACUUGCAAAUUAAGAGGUCAAAGAGAAGCUCACGGAAAGUUUUAGAUAUCAGGAAAAGGCACCUCUCUAAUCGGAUGAGUGUUUCAGUGCCUGAUAUGAUGGACAUUGGAUAUACUAUGCAUGGAGAACGUGAUUACACAGACUGUAACAUUGAUUCUACCUCCAUUUCCAAUAGCUACUCAUCUUCCAUAAAGUCCCACAGAAAGCAGAUGGAGUAUGUCACACAUCUGAAAGAAGGUAGUAGCUGGAUGCAUGAGGAUGGCGUCCACAUGCAAAUCACAGUAACAGAGUCAGAAGUUGUGGAGACGACAGAUUCAGAAACCAAGGAAGAGCAAGAUAAAUUUGGUGACAAAAGCAUAUUAGAUUUGUUGCAGAAAGAGUGCAUGGCUGAAGGCUUGUCUGAUAGCAAACAAGAAGUCAAUGAGGAUGGCUCAGGAAGUAUUGACUUGAACUCGUCAAUAUCAUCACAGAUGUCAGAAGAACUUGGAGGCCUUGAAAGCUAUGACAGUGUGAACAGUCUUCCUAAUGCCAUGUCUUACCUCCUGACCAUCCAUUUAAGAGAGGGCCGCAAUCUGGUCAUCCGGGAUCGCUCGGGUACCAGUGACCCUUAUGUAAAGUUUAAACUGAAUAAGAAGACCUUAUACAAAAGCAAAGUCAUUUAUAGAAACCUGAACCCAUUGUGGGAUGAGACAUUUGUCUUGCCUAUUCAAAAUCUUGAGCAGAAGCUGCACAUCAAGGUUUAUGAUCGAGACUUAACAACAGAUGACUUUAUGGGGGCUGCUCUUCUGGAUCUUCAAGAGCUUGAACUGCAUAAGACUACAGAAAAAGUGUUCCGGUUGGAAGAUCCUAAUAGCUUAGAGGAAGACAUGGGUGUGAUUGUGGCAGAUAUCAGUCUGUCCAUCAGGUUGAGGGACUCAAAGAAUAAUCAAAGAUGGGCUUCGCGGAAAAGGCUUGGUGUUUCUAAGGCGACCUCUAUGCAGUCUCUACAGCUAUCGGAGUCCCUAAAGAAGAACCAGCUUUGGAAUGGAAUUGUCAGCAUUACAUUACUGGAAGGAAUUAAUCUUCCUGAUGGCUGUGCCUUCGAUACCUUUGUAAGGUUUAAACUUGGGGAUCAGAAAUACAAAAGUAAGACCUCAUGCAAAAGUUUAAAUCCUCAGUGGAGGGAAUGCUUUGAUUUUCAUUACUUCUCUGACAAGAUGGGAGUAUUGGAGAUUGAAGUAUGGGGGAAAGAUAGCCGCAAACACGAUGAACUAUUGGGAUUAUGUAAAGUGGAUAUUGCUGGAAUGCCCAUUGAACACAUAAAUCGCCUAGAAGUGCCUAUGGAGAGUAACCAAGGCUCCAUACACCUGAUGAUUGUACUUACACCAUGCACAGGAGUCUCCAUUUCUGACCUCUGUGUAUGUCCACUGGCGGACACAUCAGAAAGGGAGCAAUUGAGAGAGCGAUAUUGUAUAAAAAACUCCUUUCAAAACUUGAAAGACAUUGGCUUCCUUCAAGUCAAGGUAUUAAAAGCAGAAGACCUCCUUGCAGCAGAUUUUUCAGGUAAAAGUGAUCCUUUCUGUGUUUUGGAGGUGGGAAAUGAUCGCCUGCAGACCCAUACUGUAUAUAAGAACCUCAACCCAGAGUGGAAUAAAGUCUUCACUUUUCCAAUUAAAGAUCUUCAUGAUUCUCUGGAGGUCACUGUGUUUGAUGAAGAUGGAGAUAAGCCCCCUGACUUCCUUGGAAAAGUAGCGAUCCCUUUGCUGUCUGUAAGACAGGGACUUCAAGUUGCUUAUCUGUUGAAGAACAAAGACUUAUCCAGUGCCUCAAAAGGAGUCAUUCAUCUAGAAAUUGAUCUAAUUUUUAAUCCGGUCCGGGCAAGUAUAAGAACAUUUAAUCCCAAAGAGAAAAGCUUUGUGGAAGAUAAUCCAAAAUUUUCAAAAAAGAUCUUAUCAAGGAAUGUUUACCGAGUCAAGAAAAUCACUAUGGCAAUCUGGAACACAAUGCGUUUCAUUAAGAGCUGCUUUCAGUGGGAGUCUACGAAGCGAAGUUUAAUAGCAUUUUUGAUAUUUGUUUUGACCCUCUGGAAUCUGGAGCUUUACAUGAUACCUUUGUUACUUCUCCUUCUCUUCGCUUACAACUUCACUAUGAUCACGACUGGGAAGGUGAACUCUCAGGACAACCUGGAAGGGAUGGAUAUUGGUGAAGAUGAUGAGGACGAUGAAAAAGAAUCUGAAAGAAAGAGCAUCAGAGACCGGAUCCAAAUGGUACAAGACAUAGUAAUAACAGUGCAAAAUAUUUUAGAAGAAAUUGCUUGCUUUGGAGAGCGAAUAAAAAAUACAUUUAAUUGGAGCGUCCCGUUUCUUUCAUUACUCGCCUGUUCCAUACUCUUGAUUGCUACUAUUCUACUGUAUUUUAUACCGUUAAGGUAUAUCAUUCUUGUCUGGGGCGUCAAUAAAUUUACAAAGAAGCUACGGAACCCAUACGCCAUUGACAAUAAUGAGUUUCUAGAUUUUCUCUCCAGGGUACCAUCUGAUGUUCAAAAGGUGCAGUAUACCGAGCUCAAACCUAACAGCAACCAAGGUGCCCUAAGGAAGAAGAGAAGCGGAUUGUAACUAAGGAGGACAUUGUAGAGCUUCUCAGAUGAAUCUGUAUGAAAUUGUGCACUAAUUCAUGUCACAAGCCUGACACUUGAAUGAAACCAAAGGACAGGAUCCUAGGGGGCGGGUCUCCCUCAAAGUGUUCCUCUAUGGUUGGCCCUAAACUAAUCAGGUUUACUGGCUGGACUCAGAUAAGCCUCAUCCAUGAGGAAAAAAAUAGUUUGUUUUUUAUGUGUUUUCUCGGGGGAAGCAGGGGAAGUUUCCAUGAUAUCAGACAAUCCAUGCUAUAGCUUUUACUCUACCAUACAAAAGUGUCUAAAACACUGUAGGCUUUUUAUUCCAAGUCUACAAAAAUAUCAAUUUUCCAGAGUAACUGCUGAGUGUAUUUUUAUAUGUUGUAAAGUCUCCUUUAGCUGCACAAUCCAAGUGAGCUGAACAAUACCACGCUUACUUGAUUUUCUUAGAAGGGCUAUUAUGGUUUCAGCAAAGAACAGUUAUUUUAUAUAUAAUGAAAAGUUAUACAGUUACAUGUAUUGAUUUCUUGUGAUUUUCAGGAUGCCUGCAGUCAUUUAUAAGGAAACUUCAUUGUUUACUUCCAUUGAAUGAAAAUUUGUCUUGGUCAUGUAAGAAGCUGUACAGCUAGGUAUCCAUCCCUUGAUCAGGACAGACUUGGAUCCCCCUAGGAGGAAACUGUGAAGUUUUUCUUAUGAAUGACUGCAAGCAAAGAUCUUGAAAGAACAUGAAGAAUUAAUAUAAAAUGUAUAUUGGGGAAUAUUAGUCUAUGUUCACACACAGUGUUUUGGUGAGGAUUUUGUUCCAUAUUUUGAACCAAAAAAUAGAGUGGAACCAGCACAGAAAAACUAUUUGCACUUUUUUUAUGUCCAUUCUACUCUAGGUUUUGGUUAAAAAAUACUGCGCAAAAUCCUGCCCAAAAUGCUAUGUGUGAACAUGGCCUUGUGUUCUAUUCACAAAGAAUAUUUCAUAUUUACUAAAGCUCAUAUAUGUCUUUGAAAAGGAAAAAUAAUCUGCACCUUACUGCCAA